UCGAUGGGUGGACCUAACGUUUCACUGCCAGAGGCUGUCACAGCAACUCCAUAAAUAGCUUUGACUGCUUGUGUGUAUUCAGUGUAGGACAGGUAUUUGCUCACCGGGAUUUGCAGGUCAUACGUUGCUGCUACCACAGCGUAACUUUUAUUUUGACUGUGUGACGUGACGCACGGCGGACCAGGACUCACGGCGCGCGGGGACUCUCCUCCCAGCAGGAUGCCGCGGAGGAAUCCACUUGUGCUAGGCGCUCUCAUCCUUGCAUUUUGCCUCAGUUGCAACUCUCAAAGGAUUGACAGGGUGGGCCCGAGAGUAGGCAGCAUAAAUGGAGCAAUGCGGUUUACAAUCGAAGGAGACGGUUUUGCCCAGGAACGCCAGUUUCAGCUCAACCCAACGAACAAUGAUUUUGGCAACAGGGUGACUCUGGUGUCUGCCACUUUAUCUUUUCCGUGUGAUGUCGAGAGAGACUCGACCCACGGCGGGCAGAUCAUGUGUUACACCAGAGCCAUGCCCGUGGACCAGUACUUUCUGCACGUCACUGUUGACGGGGUCCCUAUCCCUGACAACAAAGUCUGCAGAGGGGUGCCCAGACAUUGCAGUUUCUACACCCGCUGGUAUCGGACUCCUUCCAUCCAGUCCAUCAGUCCAACCACUGGUCCUCCAGGUACCGUGGUGACCAUAAGAGGACGGAUCUUCACCGAUGUGUACGGAAGCAACACAGCCACAAGUACCAAUGGCAUCAACUCCAGAUUCCUCAGAGCCUACAUGGGUGGCAUGCCCUGUGAGCUGCUGAAGCCAGACUCAGAUGAACUGUACCGGCUUCAUCUGGACACUGAAAACUCUUGGUGGGGAUACAUGAGCUGCAGAAUAACAGGAACUUAUGUUGGACAUCACAACCUGAGUUACAUCCUCGACGCUAAUUACGGAAGGAGUGCAGCAGACCAGGACCUGUUCAGGAUCUCAGCUGGGAACAAACUCUCCAUGUUCCAAACGUAUGCAGAGGUGACGGGGGUCUCCCCGUCUGAAGGCAGUGUGCUGGGGGGCACCCUGGUCAGCAUCCAGGGCCGCUUCUUCGACGAGACCGACCAGCCAGCCGUGGUGCUGGUGGGAGGCAAACCCUGCAGGGUGCAAAGCGUGUCGGACGAGAUCAUCACCUGCAUCACCCCCAAGCAGCCCAUGGAGACGGGCAAUGUGACGGCCUACCCAGGGGGCCGCGGUUGGGUGAGGCAGGUGUGGAACGCCACUAGGCCCCGGUACUUGUCCGACAUUUUGGCGUACAACACGAGCAAGGACGGCUACUGGUCGGAGUGGAGGGACUCCCUGCCCUACUCCUCGGGCGUGGAGGACCAGACCUACAGCAGCCGGCUGAGGGGCUUCUUCGUGGCGCCCACCUGUGGCGACUACACCCUGUACCUGCAGUGUGACGACCGCUGCGACCUCUACUUCAGCAACUCCACCCGGCCAGAGGAUAAGGUGAAAAUCGCGUUUCAGACACGCUAUAGGAGCACUUUCUUCCAAGAAGCAUCCCAGAAGUCUGAAGUAAUGGCCCUGGAGAAAGGAAAAGCCUACUACAUGGAGGUGCUCCACCAGGACUACGGCGGUCUAGGGGGGCUGAGACUGGGCCUGUUCACCGGCCAGAGUGCCUUCACCGCGGACCAAUCAGACGAUGCCGUCAACGAGGUCCAGCAAAUCGUGGCGGACUAUGACGUUGAAGAUGAAGAGCAGGCGAUAAGGUUCGACUCCUGGCCCAGCGUCGAGGCCGUGGUGCAGGAGGUCCAGAAGGUGAACGUGUCCAGCGGCUGUUUGGGUCAGCCCUGUGACAGCACCUUCUUCAGCCUGGCCUACGGAGGUGCAGAGACAGGUCCGAUCGCGGUCAGCGCCUCGGCCAAGGAGAUGGGGGACGCCCUGAACGAGCUGUGGUCCCUCAAACCGGAACGGGUUCAGGUCUCCAAAGAGGUCCACGGCCUGGGAGCCUGCUUCACGGUCACCUUCGUCUCAGAGCGAGGGGACUUUGAGGACCUGGUGGCCAUGAGUCUGAGCGAGGACACGAGCGUGAGCGUGGCGGAGGUGACCAAAGGCCAGGGCAGCUGGGAGAGCUUCACCCUGUCGUGGGGAGGAAUCCCCUCACAGCCCAUCCGCUUCAACGCCACCGCGGAAGAGUUGAAAUCAGCGAUGGAACGGAUGCUCAUGGCAGAGUGUCCCAGCGAGGUCCAAGCCAUGGAGGGUUCAAACAUCAUCUUCUACAGAGACUUUGAACCAGGCCAGGACCAGUCCAACGAGGUCGCUGAGGGAGUGCUUGUGUCCGAUGAGGAGGCCUUCUGCGGAGCGUGGUCCAUGAAGAACCAGAUGAUCAUGUUCACUGAAGGCUUCCGGAAGGAAUCGGGUCGCCUCUACGGCCAGAUCCCACUGCAGCUGUACUCCAGGCUUUGCUUCGCGUACAGAGGCAUGCUGAAGAACGAGAUCGGAGUGGUGUUCAACUACCGUAUGGCGAACGGUAAAAUCAACGCAACCACAAUCAAGAUCCCCUUCACCUUCUCCCAGAGCGACACGUGGAGCUACACCUGCGUGGACCUGCUCAGCCCCUUGCAGAGGGAGGCGGUGGGCACCAGGUACCAGCUGGAGAUGCUGCUCCUGUACAAGAACGAGGCUGGGGAGGACUUCUACGUGGACACCAUCCAUCUGGCCAAGGCCCCCACCACCAACAACAUCCCGGCCCUGCUCCAGAGGAGGCGCCCCCCCGCGUUCGGCGCGUCCCGCCGCUCCUUCGAGAGCCUCCGGGUCACCCGGGACCCCCGGAGCAGCAUGCCGCACUACCAUGUCAUCGGGCGGCCCCGCGACUGCGCCCACGGCUUCCCCCUCCUGGAAGUCGGCUUCCUCCAGAAGUCGUCCAACAGCACAGAGGACAUGGCAGAGUAUCGGGCGGGCGGGGCCAAUGUGACCGUCUCCCGUAGCAACCGAGCGACCCCGCCCCUGAGAGGAACCUUCGAUGUGGAGAUCUACGGCGGACGCGCUGAAGGUCUCUCGGUGGACAUCGGCGAGGAGGACCUGAAGCACGCCCUGGAGGGUAUCCCGGGGAUGGGCCAGGUCCAGGUGAAGGCCGAGGGCAGCUGCCGAAGGCCCUACUGGAAGGUCACCUGGACGACCGCGCCCGGAGACCAGCCACUAAUGAAGAUCAAUGGCUCGAAUGUUACGGGCAACCAUCCAGUGGUGGAGGCGAGGGAGAAGGUCAAGGGAGGGCAGUUCAUGAGGAACAUAGGAGGAGAGCUACUCCGCACGCUGGAGAGAACCCCGCAGGUGGAGGUGAUCAUCAACGGCAUCUCGUCCAAGUGCUCCGGCGACUGUGGCUUCGAGUGGUCCGAGGACAGCACCCCCGUCGUCACGGGAAUCUCCCCAUCUCAAGGUUCGGAAGGCCUGGAGACCCUGCUGACCGUCACAGGGACGGGAUUCAUUGGGAACGCCUCUAUCAUGAUUGGGGACGCCGAAUGCGAAGUUCAAGAAGCCACGGCCACGACCCAGGUGUGCAGUGUGGGCCGCGCCCCUGCCGGCACCUACCCGGUGUGGAUCACCUUCCCGUCCCUGGGCCGGGUCCGUUACCAAGGAAACUUCACCAACCUGCUCAACGUGACGUCCAUCUCUCCACUGUCUGGCAGCGUGGCAGGUGGAACGCUGCUGACGGUCUCGGGCUUCGGUUUCGGCGAGGACACCGUGGUGACGGUCGGCGGCGAGGAAUGCAGCGUGGUGGACCUGCGCUUCGAUGAGCUCGCGUGCCGGACCCCCGCGGCUGCGAGUGCGGGCUCUCAGAGUGUGACGGUGUGGGGGGGAGACAUGAGCCAGACGGCGUCGAGCUCCUUCAACUACGACGAGAGCCUCACCCCCCUCAUCGCCACUAUGUCCCCCGAGAAGACCACCGUGAUCGGACACCGGGUUCUCACCAUCACUGGCUCCAACCUGGGGAGCUCGGCCAAUGAGACGGCCGUGUUCGUCGGCCGCGGUCCCUGCCCCAUGCUGGAGUGGUCGCCUGGCAACCUGACCUGCCUGCUGCCCGUCCUGCCACCGGGGCUGUACCGGGUGGACGUGAGGGUGGGGAACAACGGAAACCCCCGGAACAGCCCCGGCGUGAACGCCAGCAUCGAGUACGUCCUGGAGGUCCACAGUGUCUCCCCCAGGGUGGGCUCCCUGCUGGGGGGCACCCAGCUGACCCUCUGGGGCGCUGGCUUCAGCUCCAACGCCUCGCUGGUCCGGGUCUCCGUGGGCCGUGCAGAGUGCGAGGUGAUGACAUCCUCAGAGGACAAACUGGAAUGCCUCCUGCAGUCUGCGGAGGAGACUCACACCGUCAGAAACAACGGCAGCACCGUCGGCCGGGGUGAGAGGUCUGCGUGGAGCCCGGCCAGCCUGGACGUGGCCCUUGGGGACACGGUGGCCUGGCUCUGGGAGGCCCCGCUCUUCCAGCCAAAGACCUACCGGGUGUUCAGCGUCUCCAGCCCCGGGGCCACCGAGCCCGACGACGAAGGAGCCUUCAACAGCGGAGAGACCCCCACGCCCAAAGGGUUCUUCAGGUACCGCUUCACCACGCCCGGUGUCUUCUACUACAGCAGCGGCCCCACCACCAGCGGUAGGGGCCACACCCUGCAGGGGGUGGUCCGCGUGAAACCCCCCGGGGACCAGACCCCACCUGUCAUCGUCACCCUGGGGGGCAUGGAGGCUCGCAGGGCAGCGGAUGGGCCAAUGAGAACAGCCCGCUCCGUCCCACAAUGCACCGCUGCAGCCCCAGACUGUGGCCCGUCGACCAAUGAGACGCUGUUGACGUUGUCGCCGUGCGCCACUCCCAUGGUGACCUCCGUCUCCCCCCUGCAGGGCACCGCCCACCAGGUGGUGCGUCUCCAGGGCAACGGCUUCAGCGACACCGCCUGCGCCAACGAGGUGACCGUGGGGGGCCUGCCCUGUGAGGUGCUCAACAGCACCCAGACGGAGCUCUUCUUCCGGGUGCCCCUGGACAGCGGGGCCCCGGUGGGCGUGCCCCACCCUGUGGCCAUGGUGGUCCGCAACCUGGGGGCCGCCCUCCUGGCCGUCCGCGGCGAGCUGGAGCGGCGGCUGGUGCUGCUGCCCGUGGUGGACUCGGUGGCGCCCCCUAUGGGCAGCCCCACCGGCUACACCCGGCUCAGCGUCUGGGGGUCCGGCUUCUCGUUGGAGGGGCGGGUGACCGUGGCGGGCGUUGAGUGCGAGGUGGUCUCCGUCAACUACACCCGGGUGGUCUGCGACUCCGGCCCCCGGCCCCAGCCCGGUUCCGGGGACGUGGUCUACCAGACGGGCCGCCUCACCGCCGCCUGCUCCUCCGACUGCUCCUUCACGUACGACGCCGCGGCCACGCCCGCCGUCACCGGCGUGGCGCCCGGCGUCGUCGACGGCAACGGGACGACGGCCGUGACCCUCUCGGGCUCCGGUUUCGGCGGCGACGCCGGAGACGUGUCGGUGUCCGCCGGCCCCUGGGAGCUGGAGGUCACCGCGGCGACGGACGGCGCCGUCACCCUGAUGGUGGGGGCUCUCCCGGCGGGGGAGCACCCCCUCCGCGUGGUCGUGAGGAGCAAGGGGCUGGCCACGGGCGCAGCAUCGCUCGUCAGCCUGGCGCGGGCCUCCCUCGCCCCCGCCACCGGCAGCGUCGCCGGCGGGACCCCGCUGGUCUUCACGGGCAACGGCUUCGCCCCGGGCAACACGAGUGUGAUGGUCGGCAACGAGCCGUGCCACAUCCAAGAGAUGACUCCCGGAGAGCUGCGCUGCCUGACCCCUGAGGGGCGGGGCGGGGGUCAGGUGACGGUGCAGAUCAACGUGUUCGACGUGGAGUACCCCCCGCUCAACUUCACCUACGCCCAGGCUCAGACCCCCAACGUCUCCUCCGUCAUGCCCUCCACCGGGGCCAGCGGGGCGGCCCUCACCCUCGUGGGCCAGGGCUUCGGCGGCGACCCCCAGCUGGUGGGGGUGACCAUCAACCACGCGCCGUGCAACGUGACGGCGGUGAACGACACCCACGUGUGGUGCACGGCCGGGGAGAGCCCCGGGGGCACCUACGAGGUCAAGGUCCACCACAAGGUCAAAGGUCGCGCCCGCUCCGACGUCGAGUUCACCUACGAGCUCCUGAUCAGCGCCGUGCAGCCCGAUGAAGGCAGCUUCGGGGGCGGGGCCAUGCUGGUGGUCCAGGGAUCCGGGUUCGAUCCCAGCGAGUCCCGCGUGCAGAUCUGUGGGGAGGAGUGCGAGGUCUACAGGGACCGGUCCACGUCCACCCAGCUCUACUGUCUGUCCCCCCCCAACCACGGCAACGGCUCUGAGGUGAGCUGCGCGGUGACGGUUGCCAACGAGGGGAACGCGGCCAACAUGUCGGGGGGCUUCACCUACAGGACCCUGCUGACCCCGGUGGUCAGCGGGGUGGCCCCCCGCCGCGGGGGCACCGCCGGGGGCACGCGGAUCACCAUCAGCGGCUCCGGCUUCAGCACCAGCCUCAGCGAGGUCAACGUGACCGUGGCGGGGUCGGUGUGCGACGUGCAGUCCACCAACGCCACGCACAUCGUGUGUGUGACCAACUCCCAGGGGCGCUCGCAGGAGGCCAAGGUCCGGGUCAGCAUCGGAGACCGCGGCAUCGCUAGGAUGGAUAACGCCGACUUCUUCUACAUCGACGUGUGGUCGUCCCGGUUCACCUGGGGAGGCCUGACCCCCCCGGAGAAAGGCACGUUCGUGGUCAUCACCAAGGGCCAGACCAUCCUGCUGGACGAGAGCACCCCCGUGCUCAAGAUGCUCCUCAUCAAAGGAGGAACGCUGGUGUUUGAGGAGAAGGACCUGGAGCUGCAGGCCGAGAACAUCCUGAUCACCGACGGCGGCCGGCUGCAGGUGGGCCAGGAGGGGGCGCCCUUCCAGCACAAGGCCAUCAUCACGCUGCACGGACACCUGCGCUCCACUGAGCUGCCCGUCUACGGCACCAAGACCCUGGCGGUCCGCGAGGGGGUCCUGGACCUCCACGGUAUCCCGGUUCCGGUCACCUGGACCCACCUGGCUCAGACGGCCCCCUCCGGCUCCAGCACCAUCACGCUGAAGCUGGGGGUCACCUGGAGGGUGGGGGACGAGAUCGUCAUCGCCUCCACGGGACACAGGCACAGCCAGGCGGAGAACGAGGUGAGGACCAUCGCCUCGGUGUCCGCCGACGGGAUGACCCUCACCCUGACCGAGGCCCUUGAGCACACCCACCUGGGGGUGUCGGUCCCGCUGCCCGGCGGCAAAGUGCUGGAGGGCCGGGCCGAGGUGGGGCUCCUCACCAGGAACGUGGUGGUCCGGGGCUCCCAGUCCAUGGACUGGGCGGAGAAGAUCGAGGCCUGCCCCGAAGGCUUCAACACAGGGGAGUUCGCCACCCAGACCUGCUUCCAGGGGCGGUUUGGCGAGGAGACGGGCAGCGACCAGUUCGGCGGCUGCAUCAUGUUCCACGCCCCCCGGCCCAACGAGAACCUGGCGGUCGGGAGGCUCGCACACGUGGAGGUGUUCCACGCGGGCCAGGCCUUCCGUCUGGGCCGCUACCCUAUCCACUGGCACCUGAUGGGCGACGUGCACAACGCCUCGUACGUGCGCGGCUGCGCCAUCCACCAGACGUUCAACCGGGCAGUGACCAUCCACGACACCCACCGGCUGCUGGUGGAGCACAACGUCAUCUACGACGUCAUGGGCGGCGCCUUCUUCAUCGAGGACGGCGUGGAGACGGGCAACGUGCUGCAGUACAACCUGGCCGUGUUCGUGCGGCAGAGCACCAGCCUGCUGAACGACGACGUCACGCCCGCCGCCUACUGGGUCACCAACCCCGACAACGUGGUGCGCCACAACGCCGCCGCCGGCGGCACGCACUUCGGCUUCUGGUACCGCAUGCAUGAGCACCCCGACGGGCCGUCCUACGACCGCAACGUGUGCCAGAAGAGGGUGCCCCUGGGCGAGUUCACCAACAACACCGUGCACUCGCAGGGCUGGUUCGGCCUGUGGAUCUUCCAGGACUACUUCCCCAUGGCGGGCGGGCGCUGCCGCUCCUCCACGCCCCAGCCCGCCGUGUUCCGCGGCCUGACGGUGUGGAACUGCGAGAAGGGCGCCGAGUGGGUGAACGCGGGCGCGCUGCAGUUCAGCGGCUUCCUGAUGGCCAAUAACGAGAAGGCGGGCGUGGAGGCCAAGCGCAUCCGGCCGUGGGCGGUGCGGGACUUUGGCGAGGAAGGCGGAGCCACGCUGUCCAACAGCACGAUGGUGGGCCACGUCGGCGCGCUGAACGGCGCCGGCUGGGAGUACCGCACGCGCCGCGGCGUGAUCGCGCCCUUCGACGACGGCAUGAGCGUCAUCGGCACCACUUUCGUCAACUUCGACCGGAACGGGAGCGCCGCCAUCGGCGUGACGACCGUGGACGGCACCUGCGUGCACGACUGCGGCGGCUGGGCCGUGCGCUUCCGGCGCGUGGAGUUCGUCAACACCACCAACAGGGGGGCCUUCCGCUGGGAGCACGAGGUGCAGCUGGUGGACCUGGACGGCUCCCUCACAGGCCAGGUCAAUCAGAAGGUGGUUCCCAUGAGCGGCCUGCUGGACCCGGCCCUCUGCAGGCCCAGCCCGGAGUGGAGCGGGGGGGACUACCCGGGGGCGCUGUGUGACCCCAGCGUGGACUUCCACCGCGUCUCCCUCAACAAUCCCUCGCCCUCCUCUCUGCAGGGCAAGGACCUGGUGCUGAGCAACCAGCACGGCUCCAGUGGCGUUCCCUAUCUGAAGAAGAGGCUCACUCACAAGCUGGGCUGGAUGGCUCUGCUGCCCUCUGGACAGACGUACAACUGGUACUUCAAAGACGUGGACCAGAUCACCAACAUCACCUACUCAGCAGGGUUCUACUCCUUCAAGCCUGACCAGCACGUGAUAAUGUGCCACAACCUGACCCAGAGGCCGGACAGCUUCAGAAUCGUAGACGUGCGAAACGCCUCGGCCACGCCCCUCAGCUUCAGCGAAAACAGCAAUGGAGACUGGCACCUGGACAGCAGCAACAACCUCUGCUACAUGAUCUCGGGUAGCACGCCGCCGCAGCGGACGGCGAGCGUGGACCGCUCCACGUCGGACGCGGCCGUAAACUUCCAGGUGUUCCGCUGCUUCUACCCGGACUGCCUCCGCCCGGCCCCCCCUCCCCCCGCCACCCUGGCCCCCACGCCCGCACGCCGGCCACAAGACUUUAUUCUCUGGUCCAACGCCUCGUUCUGGGAAUCUUCAGCGGAGAAUAACUUCAGUGCACCAGCAGAGGGCGCCAACGUGGUGAUCCCGUCAGGCCAGUGGGUGGUGUUGGACGGGGACACCCCGCCCCUCAACAAGCUGACGGUGGUCGGCGUUCUGGAGAUCCCCGACACCACGAACGACACGGCCAGCUCCAGACAGGCCCGCUCACUGCCCGCCUUCCGGACCGUGGUCAUCGAGGCCACCUACAUCUCCAUCCAGGGCGGUAAGCUGAUCGCCGGGUGGUCCGACGAGCCGUUCAGAGGACAGCUCCACAUCAAGCUGAACGGGGACCACCGGACCCCGGACUGGCCCCUGCCCAACGGCCCCAACCAGGGCUCCAAGGUUCUGGGUGUGUUCGGUACCUUGGAGCUGUACGGGUUAGCUCCCAACGUGUACCACACCAAGCUAGCCGCUACCGCCGCCGCGGGCACCGACACGCUCACCCUGGACCAAUCGGUGGACUGGAAGACGGGGGACGAGGUGGUCAUCUCCACCACCGGGUUCAACGCCUGGGAGACGGAGACGCGCCACAUCACCGCCGUGUCCGCUGACGGCCUCACGCUCACCCUCAACCAGUCCCUGGAGUUCACUCACAUCGCCGGGACCCACAGCGUCCCCGGGACGUCUGCGUCCUACACGCUGUCAGCGGACGUGGGCCUGCUCACCAGGAACAUAAAGGUCAUAGGUCAGGACUACCCUCAGCUGUUUGAGGAGUCCUUUGGGGCGCGGGUGCUCGUGGGCGCCUACUCCUGGGAGGGGAUCGACUACAAAGGCGUGGCCCAGAUCAGAAACGUGGAGUUCCACCACUCCGGACAGCAAGGGUGGAGCGACUUCACUGACCCCCGCUACUCCGUGGCCUUCCUCAACCUGGGAGAGGUUGCAGUGAACGAGUCCUACCUCCAGGGAUGUGCGUUCCACAACGGCUUCUCCCCCGCCAUCGGCGUCUUCGGAACGGACGGGAUGUUCGUGGACGACAACGUGGUCCACCACACUGUGGGAGAGGGGAUCAGGGUUUGGGGCAACGCGGUGACGGUCCGUAGGAACCUGGUGACCCUGACCCGCUGGCCGGGCUCCUACCAGGACCGAGAGGAGGACUUCAACUACGACUGGAACGCGGCCAUCGAGGUCAGCGAGGGUAUCAACGUAGUGCUGCAGCACAACAUCGUGGCCGGCUUCGAGCGGGUCGGCUACCGCAUCGACGGCGAGCCCUGCCCAGAUUCUCCGAGCAGCAGCGAGGCGUGGCUGCAGAACGAGGCCCACGGCGGUCUGUACGGCGUGUACAUGAACAAGGACGGCCUCCCCCGCUGCAGCCUCAUCCGCCGCUUCACCGUCUGGAAGAGCUACGACUACGGCAUCUACUUCCAGACUGCCUCCAACGUCAUCGUUGCGGGGGUGACGCUGGCGGACAACGGCCUGGGCCUCAUGCCCCUGGUCUACUCCCCGCCGUCCCUGCCUCACCUCUACGCCGACAAGACCAUCCGCGUCCGGGACUCCCUGGUGGUCGGAACGAGCCCGGGCUUCAACUGCUCAGACGGCGUGCCCAUGGAGGACUUCAACAUCCGGGAGAGCUCCAGUGAACGCGGCGCCAAACUCCCAGACGGUGGUCGGUCAGGACUCGGCUGGCCGUGGUUCGAGUCUGGCCACAAUGCGGCGCCGUUCAUGCCUCACCACGGCAACUCUAACUACAACGCCAUCCGCGGGCUGAUGACGGUCGUCGACACCAUCUUUGUGGCGUUCAAGAGCGUGUGUCCCGGUGUGUCCAGCGCCAUGUUCAUGACCAGCCCGUCCAACAACGACCUGCACCACCCCAUUCAGGUGGAGCGCAUCACCGUCUCUGACAGCACCGAGGACUCCAAGGUCUUCAUCCACCGGCCGGAUGUGGGUAAGGUCAACCCGUCCGACUGCGUGGACAUGGAAUGCGACGCCAAGAAGAAGAGCAUGCUGAAGGACCUGGACGGUUCAUUCCUGGGCGCCGUCGGCACGGUGGUCCCCCAGUCGGAGUACGCGUGGAACGGGGACCCCAGCAGGGGCCUUGGGGACUACCGGAUCCCCAAGGUCAUGCUGACCUACCCUAAUGGAAGCCGCAUCCCCGUGGACCAGAUCGCCCCCAACAAAGGUGUGAUCAGGGAGAACUGUACCUACAUGCCGGCCUGGCAGAGCUACAAGUGCUUCGGCCUGAACUAUCGCUUGCUGGCAAUCGAGAGCAUGGACGCCGACACAGAGACCCGGCGUCUGUCCCCCGUGGCCAUCCUGGGAGGCGGCUUCGUGGACCUCAUCAACGGCCCCCAGGACCACGGCUGGUGUAGCGGCUACACCUGCCAGCUGAGGCUGUCCCUGUUCCACGCCAUGGUGGCCACGGGGCGCGCCUUCGACGUCUUCUUCUCCAGCGUCAGCCCCCAGAAGCUACGGCUCAUGUUGCUCAACGCCCCGCCCACGGAGAGCGUCCUGGUGUCCGUCUUCUACUCCAAGCCCAAACGGCUGGACGUCUACGUAAACAACCAGCUGAUCGCUCCCACCAACGCUGAGUGGAACGCAGAGAACACAGACUACACCAUGAUGGAGCCCUCAUACCCUGGCCAAUACGUCCCAGCGCUGAACUCCUCCCUGGGCACCAACUUCUUCGACCGGGACACCAAGAUGCUGCAGCUGUUGGUGCGCGGCUCGGACCCCGUGGAGAUCCGCACCUCCCCUCUGCUGGUGAUCGCCUUCAACCUGCCCGCCAUGACGGAGGACCAGUUCUUCGGGGACAGCCUGGUGCGGAACCUGGCGCUGUUCCUCAAGGUGCCCUCCAGUAUGAUCCGCAUCACCAAGGUGGUGCGCGAGGACGGCGGCGGCGGCGGCGCCCGGCGAAGGAAGCGCGCGGCGGCGGCGGGGCUCACCGUGGAGGUGGAGAUCCAGAAGCCCCCCGUGCAGCAGACCUCCAACACCACCGACGACGAGGCAGCCUUCGUGGAGCUCCAGUCCAUCGCUGACGACCUGGGCCAGGCGGCGGUGUCCGGGAACCUCAGCCAGUCCAUCGGCUUCAACGUCUCCUCCGUGGGCAUCACCGCACCGCCUCCCCCCGCCUCCGACCCCACAUGGAACCAGGUGGCGGCGGAGGAGGUGACCCGGGAGGAGCCCACGGUGAGCUUCGUGUCCAGCGUGGACAGCCUGAGGUUGAUGGAGGAGCCCAUCGCUGGGGAGUACGUUGGCCCUCUGUCCCAGCAGCCCAGCCUCAUGGCUCUGGAUGAAGAGGGUAACUGUGUGUCGGUCGGCGUGACGUCGCUGAGGGUGACGGCGACCCUGAAGGACGCCAGCGGCGUGGCGGUCGACGGCCUGGAGGGAAACACCACCAUCCUGUUCAGGAGCUGCUGGGCCAACUUCACCGACCUGGCCAUCGGCAUCUCCGGCGACAACCUGCGCAUGGCCUUCACCCUCAACCAAUGGGGCACCCAGUCCCGCGCGUUCACCACCUCCACCCCCACCCAGCCUACCCCCAUGGUCACCGACGAUGAGUCAAGCAUCUUUGACACGGCCAGCACCGUGCCCGCCGGGGCCGCCUGCAUCCUCUUGGCGCUCCUCUUCCUGGUUACGGUGCAGUGAGAGCUACUGAUUGGCCGGUCGGGUGGACGGCCGGCGUGUUGAUUGGUCGGUCUGGGUUGUUUGUUUCUGUAGGGAAAGGGAAUGCGCUUACACACACA